UUCUAAAGAUGCCUUUCGGAUCAAGGAAAUGUCAAGGAGCCAGCCUCGUUGAUUAUUAAGGGAAUUAAACUAAAGUCUAAAGUUCUCAUCCAUAUUUUAAAUCCACCUGUUGGCGCACCUGAAACACACGUCAUCGGAGUGGGCGGAGUCACGCCACAGCGCAAGAUCAGGUUGCGGAAGUGAUGGCUAAGCGGCGGUAGCUAAGCUACAUCCACCCUACGAGCAGCCUCUUUCAAAACAGCCCAAUUCCGACGUCUCCGUGGCGGUCGAUCCAUUCAUUUGAAGGUUUAUCAAUAUCUGACUACUGUCCAGGGAGUAGCCAUGUCUCCAUCAGUUCGGCUGCAGGAGAUGAUCCGGGUGAUACGCUCGGCCCGGACGCAAGGCGAGGAGCGCGGCGUCAUCCAGAGAGAGUGUGCCGCUAUCCGGGCUCAGUUCCGACAGGCGGAUAACGGAGGUCGCUCUCACAACCUGGCCAAGUUGCUCUACGUGCACAUGUUGGGCUACCCGGCUCACUUCGGCCAAAUGGAGUGUGUGCGCUUGAUAGCCAGCCCUCGCUACAACGAGAAGCGUGUGGGUUACCUGGGCGCCAUGAUGCUGCUGGACGAGAACCAGGACGCCAGCCUGCUCAUCACCAACUCCAUCAAGAACGACCUGGCCCACAGCAGCCAGUAUGUCCAGUCCCUGGCUCUGUGCACGCUGGCCUGCAUGGGCUCGGCCGAGAUGUGCCGCGACCUGGCGCCCGAGAUAGAGCGGCUGCUGCGCGCCUCCAGCUCCUACAUCAAGAAGAAGGCCACUCUGUGUGCGGUCCACAUCGUACGGAAGGUUCCGGAGCUGGGGGAGCUCUUCACGCCCGCGGCCCGAGCCCUCCUUGCAGAGAAGAACCACGGAGUGCUGCAUGGAGCCGUCAUCCUGAUCACGGAGCUGUGUGAGAGGAACGCACAGACCCUGGUGCAGUUCAGAGAGGCGGUCCCAGAGCUGGUCCACAUCAUGAGGGGUCUGGUGACCUCAGGCUACUCUCCAGAACACACGGUGGCCGGCAUCAGUGACCCCUUCCUACAGGUGCGUAUUCUGAGGCUGCUGAGGAUUCUGGGUCGCAACAACGACACAGCGAGCGACGCCAUGAACGACCUACUAGCCCAGGUGGCGACCAACACGGACAGCAGCAAGACUGCGGGCAGCGCGGUGCUGUACGAGACGGUGCUGACCGUCAUGGACAUCAAGUCAGAGAGCGGCCUGCGCGUCUUGGCUGUAAACAUCCUCGGAAGGUUUCUGCUCAACAAUGACAGGAACAUUCGGUACAUCUCCAUGACGUCGCUGCAGAAGAUCGUGUCGACGGACCACAAUGCAGUGCAGCGCCACCGGGGCACCAUAGUGGACUGUCUGAAGGACCAGGACGCCUCCGUGAAACGCCGGGCCCUAGAGCUCUCCCUGGCGCUGGUGUCGGCCAUCAACAUCCGCUCCAUGAUGAAGGAGCUGCUCCUCUUCCUCUCCACCUGCCCCCCCGAGCUCAAGUCGCACGCCGCCAGCGGCAUCUUCAACGCCGCCGAGAGGUACUCUCCCUCCCAGCGUUGGCACAUAGACACCAUCCUGCAUGUCCUGAUCACGGCAGGGGCCGAUGUCCGCGACGAGACAGUGCCCAACCUGAUCCAGCUGAUCACCAACGCCUCCCAGCUCCACUGCUACACCGUGCACAAGCUCUACCGCGCGCUGGUCGCAGACAUCUCCCAGCAACCCCUGGUGCAGGUGGCCUGCUGGUGUAUCGGGGAGUACGGAGACUCUCUGCUGCAAGGGGAGUGUGAGGAGACGGAGCCCAUCCAGGUGACAGAGGAUGACAUCCUGGACGCCCUGGAGACGGUGCUGCAGUCGCACAUGUCGUCCCCUGCGACGCGCGGCUUUGCCCUCACGGCCACCAUGAAGCUGAGCACCCGCAUCACCGAGAACGUGGACCGUAUCCGCAGUAUAGUGAGUAUCUAUGGCAGCUGUAUGGACGUGGAGCUCCAGCAGAGGGCGGUAGAGUACAACGCUCUCUUCAAGAAGUACGACCAUAUGAGGGCGGCCGUGCUGGAGAAGAUGCCCGUGAUGGACCGGAGCUCGAUGGGCCAGACCAACGGGGAGUCCGGCGGAGGGGGCGUCCAGGAGCUGGAGCCAACCAAACCCAAGCAGCCCGAGAUGAUGGUGGCCCCGCAGCCGGCUAGCCAGGUGUGUGAUCUGCUGGACCUGCUGAGCGAUCCAGAAGAGCCCAGCCUCCCGGGCGGCCCCCUGGGGCCCGGCGGCGCCCCCCUGGGUCCAGCCGGCCUCAUGUCUGGGUCGGCGGGGGGAGACCUGCUGUACCUGCUGGGAGGGCUGGAGCUCACCCCCACCCCAACGCCCGCCACAGCGCCGGCGGCGGUGACGGUGUACGACAAGAGCGGCGUGGUCCUGAAGCUGAGCUGUGAGCGGCCGCUGGACGCCAGCCAGACCAUCACCCUGACCGCCACCAACACCAGCGACCACGACGUCAGCAGCCUCACGCUGCAGGCCGCCGUGCCCAAGAACGUCCAGCUGCAGAUGAAGGCCCCCAGCGGAGACUCCCUCCCAGCGCGGAGCUCGGCCGUGGUGACCCAGACGGUGCUGCUCAACAACCCCAACAAGGUGAGUCUGAAGAUGAGGGUGCGUCUGUCCUACACCAGCCAGGGCUCCCCCUUCCAGGACACGGUGCAGAUCGACUCCUUCCCCACCCCCGGCCUCUGACUCCACCCUGGGGCCCCCAGACCCCCCUGAGAACCACCCCAGACCCCCGGAUGGGGACAGGGGGGGGACGGGGACGGUGGGACUACAUCCCAGCAGACUCUACGGGGAGAGGGGGUGAGCCGUGGAUCUCUCCCUCUCUGACUCACUUAAACGCUACAGCCGUCGGCUCUCGGCCCCCCGCCCCCCCCCCCCAACCGACCCCCUGACGUCGGGCUGUUAACUCUGGCCUUCGCACGGCUGCAGGACUCUGUUACCACACACAGGACCUGACGCCAUUACUGCUACCACUACAAUGCCAGCAGGAACUCCUCCACCCACCAGGGAUCCUUUAGAAACCAGGGAAUUGAUCAGAUAGUCGACAUGUUUUAGUUUUUAUAGACAGCGGUCGGUUUUUCCUUUUCUUUUUUUUUUAAUUUCAGCCCCCUGGGAAGAUUUAAAUGUACACAUCUUCAUCAAGUGGUCACGUGACACUUAGGGAGGGGUCCUUCGUCUGGAACAGCACACGUUCAUUGUAGUCGAUGAAGUGACUCAGUUGUCUUAGUAACUACACUCUGCGUCUCCUGAGCUCAAACAACACCGGGAUUCACAAGACAAGAUGGCGGUUAGUUAGCAGUUGUUCUGAACCUUGCCAGCUCCCACAUGUCAACAUUUUGAUCAUUUCAUCUCCCUCCCCUAAAAGAUACUCUAAUAGAUUUGAAAAUGUAUUUAGCAAUAUAAAAACCUAAAUGAUUUAAGGUUUGAUUUAUCAUCAAUCGAUUUCCAGUUGGAGAAUUUAUUUAAAGGAUAGAAUAUAAAGGUUUGGAUCAACACUUGAGACACAAACGGUUAGAUGUUUCACUAUAGAUUUACACCCCAAGGAUUAUGCGCUAGGAACUAUGCAUACAUUACCCUGUAAAUGUUUUACCUUGACCUUAACAUUUUUAUGAAAGACCUGCAAAUAUACAAGUUUACUCGAUGGCUCCUCCCCCUUUCAGAAGCACAGACCCCUGAAGCAAUGGCUCUUCAUGGCUCCAGGGCACUGAAUCAGCAGAACCAUGUCCACUACGAUACCAUGUACACUACCUGUAAUUAGCAUCCAUAACUGUUGUCGCAUUUGACUUUUUUCAGCAGUUUCAAAAGGAGUUGGUUGUUUUCAACGGUCAAUUUCCCCAAACACAAGAGUUUAUCGCAGGAUAUUCAAAGGAAAAAAAUAACCCCCCCAAAAUCUGGAAGACGGAUGACACUAAGAGCCAGGGUUAAUGUUCUUAGUUGAUCCUUCUGGGUGACCCAUUUUAGCUGACGGUCACGGGCACAACCGCCUCCGAUGUUUUAAACUGACCCGUUAGAUGACGUGACGCGAUGGCUCGACUCUGAGCACGGGAGGUAUUUUCUUUCUAUAACGACCUCCCACGCCGUUCCUCUGGGCUCCCCUGCUCCCUACCUCCCACCCUCUUCCCUGUGCCUUCGUCCCCUCCACGAGGGAGUCUUGUUGGGUUUGCUGUUGUCAUUGAGGUGAACACUCAUUACCUGUCUGUGUACCUGUAACUGAAAUGCUCUGACAAGGUCUCUCAGCGCAAGGCAAGCGUGCUCCAAUGAAGGCAGUAUUCAUUCCGCCCCACGUCCUGGUUUACCGUGGUCGAUGGUGUUUUUAUUAAAACGUGUUUGGUCGCCUCUAACUGAUGUAAGAAGGAAAGAAACACUAUCGACUCAAUGCUGGACUUCCUACAAACAGUAUAAUUUAGCUGGAAAAUAGAGCAAUAGAAAUCUAGAUGGUUUUUGAUUUUCUUAGGAGUUUGACCAAAUCAUUUAAAAACCUGGAUAAGUAUUCAGAGUGAGUCUGAAGAUGAGGGUGCGUCUGUCCUACACCAGCCAGUUACACAACAUGUCUUGUUUAACACAAGGAUUGUUCAAAAGUGAAAUGAAUUUAUUCUGUAAAUCAAAUGUCCAUCCCAUUCCUUGCUGACCAUUUCAGAUGUCCAAUCUAAUUAUGUUGACUGUUGCAUCAUUAAUAGGAAUUAUGACAUGACCAUUAUAUCCCAGGAGGAAGAUGCAGUGUGUUGUGUGGCCUUUGAAACCUGUAAAUUGCUAAUAAAUACAGAACAGGGUUCUGAAAAUUCCUCUACAACCUGAA